AUGUCUGGUACCCAAAAUCUUACUAACGUUAAUGUUAUGAGCACUGGAGGCAUUUUGUCCGUUUUUGGACUUCCGGGUCUUUGUCGAUUAAGACGGGUCGCCCAGUCUAAGAGUGUACCACCUUCUGGACACUCCCUUACUGGCAUCUGCAUGCGAACGGGACCUCAGGGUGCUCGUCUGCAUGUCGUUAAGAUCCAAAAAUCACUUCUCAAAUCAGAGGAAGCUCUGGAUACGAUUGACGUAUAUCCGUUGCUAAACAUGAGUCCGGGGGAAAAAUUAAAACUGGAACUGGCCAUCAAAAUCCUCAAUGAUCCGACUCAUCAAUUUAAUCAUGAGAUGGUUGAUUCAACGUACGGAAUCGAACUGCCAACUCUGGAACCGAUCGAGCGGUGCAAGUUGAUUCGUAUGGAGCGAGUCGAGCCCAAGGCUGGGGCGGUGAUAGAUCUAAUCCAGCGUGGAUGCAUUCCACCGAAUGCCCAAAUCCGAUUCGAUCCGCCGGUAAUGCGAAGUCGCAAGGCGCAGAUCCACGAGGCUCAUGAACGUAUCAUCCGUCCGUUACUUUCGAUUGACGGCCAGAAACCUGAAAAUUGGCAAUUUAGACCUCAACGCAACAAGGCUCCUCACAAGGGCAAAAAGGAUGUCCCCAAAAUCGAUAUCGGUGAGCCACGGCUGGCCAUUAAUCACCGUGAAGAUUCCACAAACGAUUGCUUCACGAAAGAGGAACCUAUGAAAGUGGUGAAGAAAACCUCAGCAUUUCUCACCGAAUCGGCUGAUAAUGAAAAAUUUAACUUGCGACAACCUCAUACGACACCAACAACAAAUACACCAUCAACCAUAGGUCACUGGAUCACAAUGAAAGGUGGAAUAAUACAAAAGGACACCGCAGAGUUUGCCAGUUUCCAGCAACAGUAUCGAGCUCACUGGAAGAAGAUUAUGGUUCACUACCGUGUUAAAUUUGGUGUUUGCAUAUUUUGUGCACAAAGACUGGCAGAUAUUGCUGUGAAAUACGCCAACUAUAUCAACCGGGUCUCCCAUGCAACAUUGUUGAACUGUGUGGAAGAUGCUGAGGAAGUAGCUCGUCUCAUGAUGGAACCAGAGCUGGGGGGAAACUGGGAAUUCAUUGAAAAAUCCAGUCACGUGCUAGUUCACGUUCCUUCAUUGGGUUGUUCAGAAGAAGUUCGUCGACGAUUUCGUGACGUGGGUGAGAUGGAAUAUGUCGAGAGCAGACAAAUCGCUCGCUUAUGCGAAAUUCGCACACCACCGCUUUGUCUGUCAAGUCUGUUGAAGUACAGUCCUCGGGCCCUCGAUCACAUCAAGAAAUUCAUUGCCGGGCGACCGGCCUUACUUGUUCCCGGCCAGGAAAGUCAUCCGGAUGACUUUGCGGUUGCCCAUGAACUGCAAAUUCCAGUAUGGACUUCCAAGCCUAGUAUUACGCGUCUUUUAUCCCUGCAAUCAACUGCGAGACGAAUAGUUGCACAAAUUGAGGAGAACGAUAGCCUAGAUGAUAUAGAGGACGACGGAAGGAAGACUAGAGUCGUUGGAUCCAGUGUGUCUCUUUUGAGUUCAACUUGGAGGCAACGAAGCAAUGCGAAGGAUUUGCGAAGAAAAGUUCUUGAUAGCGCUCGAGGUUUUGGGUCAGGGAGUGCUGGAACAAAAGGAGAAACGGGUACAGUAAAACAAAGUAUUUCACAGCCACCUGGUGAUUGCAAUGUGUAUACUCUGGAACAUCUACAUGAGUCUUUGGCCGAGUUGAUCACAGCGCAUUUACCAACCAAAUAUUGGUUGCUGAAAAUCGAUAAUGCCCUUGAAGGGCACGGGACCGCAAAGUUAUGUGUUGAACAGUUGCGUUCAUUUUCAUGGGCCAAUGAACAACGUCAGUGGUAUGGGCCGACAAAGUGGGCCAAAAAGUGGGCCCAGGAGGCCUCUUAUCUUCGAAUUUUGUCGGAGAUACCUGAAUGGUUGGAACAAACAAUGCAACUGACAUCAACAAAAAUCUAUCCGAAUACAAAGUCAUUUUUACAAGCCUUUAUCGAAACUGGUGGAGUAAUUGAGGCAUGUCCACCGGCAGAUCAUUGGACAAAUAUCACAGUGUACAUGGCAAUCAUGCCGAACGGACAAAAACGAGUGCUAGGGAGCGCAGAUCAGGUGCACUGUGGGAAUGACUUUUCCGCUUGGGGUGCUACAGAACGAACAAAUGCUCUGGGUCACUGGUAUUCGACCGGGUUACGCGGAUGGACUGGCCAUGAUACAGUUGGUGCUGUUUGCUACNCUACUGCUGGGACAUUCUGGGUCAGAUCGGAUACCGGAAUGCAUCAGCUACUUGCCGAGGCUCCGUGCGAUUCGAACGAGGUCAACGAAAUGAAACUGGUACGCAUUGAAGGUAUCAAGAAUGUUUUCGUAGCUCAGAUUAUUCUGUUUAUUUACUUCUAG